AUGCUUGUCCAGGGUAUCGAGAAAUGCCGCAAUGAGCUCUCACCAGCUCACGCCGAAGUGAUUCGUGCUACUCUACCUUUGGUGGGUGCCAACAUUCAGGACAUCGCCAAGACAUUCUACAAAACAAUGUUCUCCAACCACCCCGAACUUAUCAAGGAUCUGUUCAACCGUGGUAACCAGAAACAGGGUGCUCAGCAGAAGGCUUUGGCUGCUUCUGUGGCUACCUUUGCCGCUAUGCUUGUGAACGAGAACGCCCCUCUUCCUGACCAUCUCUUGUCGCGCAUUGGCCACAAACACGCUGCGCUGGGUGUGACAGAAGACCAGUACCAGAUUGUACAUGACAACCUGUUCGCUGCCAUUGUUGAGGUUCUUGGUGCUGAUGUCGUGACCAAGGAUGUUGCUGAGGCUUGGGAUGCUGUGUACUGGAUCAUGGCUCGCGUCUUGAUUCAGUUCGAAAAAGACCUGUACAAGGAAGCUGGUGUGGAGCCGGGCAAGGUUUGGCGCAGUGUGAAGGUGGCCGAGCGCCGUGGGCUUGUGAACGGCAUUGUGCGCUUCACCAUUGAGAGCACGGAUGCUUCGAAGCCCUUGCCAACCCAUCAGCCUGGUCAGUACAUUUCGGUUCGUGCUCAGUUGCCAGAUGGUGCUGGUCAGUUGCGCCAGUAUAGUUUGCUGGAUGCCGGUGUUCAAGCCGGUCGCCUUAGCUUUGCAGUGAAGGCGCUGGAGGCUACGCACGAACAGCCAGCUGGUGAGGUCUCGAACUGGCUGAUUCAGAAUGCGCAGCAGGGUAAGGAGCUGGAAGUAUCGCUUCCGUUUGGUGACCUUGUGUUGGAUACCAGCUCAUCAUCGCCUGUUGUUCUUAUCUCGGGUGGUAUUGGCGCCACUCCUAUGAUUGGUAUGCUUUCGCGCCUUGCCAACGACAAGUCGACCCGCCAAGUUCUUGUGCUCCAUGCAGACCACAGUGAAAAGACGGAUGCGUUGGCCGCGGAACGUCACCAUCUCGUGUCCCAGCUGUCUAAUGCGAAGCUCAACCUCUUUUACUCACACGGUGAAGCGGGACCUCACAUUACAGUGAGCCACUUGGACCUGAAGCACGUGGAACUACCUCACGAUGCCCAGUUCUACCUGUGUGGGUCGACAGACUUCCUACAGGCUGCGCGUGAGAGCCUCAAGUCGAUGAACAUCGACGCAGAGUCAGUGCACUUCGAACUGUUUGCCCCCAACGACUGGCUUCUUGACGAAUAA